AUGGAUCAUCCCCACUACUCGUCGCUCUCAUCUGAUGCUAUUCGCAGCUACAGCGAUGUACGGACAUCUCGGGAACUGUGGACGGGAUCCACUUCGCAUUGUAUGCGAAUUUCACGUAGCGUCAUCCGCAAACAAUUUCCUGUCAAUCGGCAUUGCAUUUUGACUCAAGAUCUUGCACUUACAUGUUGGACUCGGCCUUCUCUGGGCUUCUGCAACUCGAUUUGGCUAUCCCGUCCAGCGCUGCAGAAGGAGUUCGCAAUGGGUGCCAACGGAUCCUCAAGUGACUCCCUCCACAAUUCCGAUGGCCGGCCCAAGGCAAGAGGUCGGAAAGAAGGCGACCACUGGACAGCUUGGGCCUUCGACCUCAAGUCCAAGCGCUCCAUCUUCUACCUUCACAUGUACGAGGAUGGACGAGUGGCUAGAUUCGGUGCGGAUAAACGCAAGGCAUUUCGAGUGAAGAAGUAUGACCUUAUAUGGAGUGGAGAGGUGACAGCGAAAUAGACAUACAUACUAAGUACCUUGAGACUGGCCGAGUCAAUAAAUAAGCUGUUAGUGUAUA